AUGGCGGAGUUACUCCCGUGUGGGGAGGUUUCCCUGCAACCUGUGCUCGCCACCCCAUGCCGCGAAGAUGACAUUUUAGAUGAGGCAACAAGGAAGGACCUUUUCACCGACACCUUCUGUAAGGUUUGCAGGGCAGUACUGCAGUUUGAGUCUCAAAGGACGUCGCACUAUAAGGGCAAAAAACAUGCUCAGAAAGUUCGCCUUUACAUCAGGAUGUGUGGUGAGAAAGGUGAGAGACCAGAACAUGGGAAACAGAAGAAAACAGAUAGUAUCAAUUUUCAGAUGGAUGGGAGUGAAGUAAUGGACAAAACCAAAUACUGCGAUCUCUGCCACAUGCGUUUUACUUCCCCGAUUGUUGCUUUGUCUCACUACAUGGGAAAGAUCCAUGCAAAAAAGCAGAAGCGAUUAUUAGGAGACCAAGUCCACAUGCCAGCACAGAGCAUGCAGUCUAUUUCUGCUUUACAGAAACCACCAGCUGAGAAGCCCUUGCUGCCUUCAAAAGCUGAAGGAUCAUCCCCCAUCCCAAGGUUGAAGUCACAUGAUCCAAACAAGUACUGCAAGCUCUGCUGUGCUCCCUUCAAUAAUCCACUUAUGGCCCAGCAGCAUUAUGUUGGUAAGAAACACAGAAGAAAUGAAGCACGGGAGAAGAUACUGGAGGAGCUAGGAGACCAAGCUGUCCCUGCAGAAUCCAGCACAAAUGGUAAGCAGAACAUGAGCAAUUCCUCCUUUUCAGCAGUUGGGGUUGGCUAUUACAUGUGCACCGUAUGUAACAUCCCACUUACUUCUAUAGAAACGUACCAGUCCCACAUGCAAGGAAAUAAGCACUGGAUUAAAGAAACAGUGCUUGUGAAUCUCAUGAAGACAUCAAAGAAAACAUUUAACUCCUUUCAAGAUGAGUUAGUGGAUUACAUGAAAGCUCAGAAAGCUAGAGGUGCAGAGCGAAGGAGGUAUUUAGGAAAAGCAGAAGAGGUAGAAUUUCAAGAUAAAACCACUGAAGGAGGAAGUGACCUUGGUGAGGUUCUAUCUUCAAACUUGAAAUGUGAACAAGGCCAGCAUUCCAGUCUUUUCUCAGAAAACCUGUCACCUGCAAAUACUGGGGAAAACAGACUGCCAAGCUGGCCAUCAGCUUGUGAGCAUGCCCUAGAAAAGACAGCGAAUCGUUGCUGUGAGAAGGGAUACUGCAAAGAAGAGCAAGCAUCUGAGGUGGCCACCCUCAGAGAUAAGAGCUUCAGCCUGUUGGUUACGGAAUCGAAAGACUGCUACAGACUCACGCUUGCUGAAACUUCUACCAGCUCCUACAAAAAAGAGCAAAAAUUUCAGAUACAACACUUUGAGGAGGAAAAAUACAUUAUCAAAGAGCUGAAGUACGAGAACCAAGUCACGAAGUGGAAAAGAAAGAAAAAUAGUGAAGGUACAGAUUUUGGAAAAGAGAAGCAGAAGAGAAUUAAAUUUGAGAUAGACUUAGUAAAUGAGAAGAAACCAAGACCUUGUAAAGUUAAAAGACGUAAAAAAAACCCUGUUGCGAAAGAGAGCAAAAAGCAAAGAAAGGAUAAAAAGAAACUACAGGCAGAUGUCAAAAAGGAAGAGGAGCUACUUUGGGAUGAAUCUGUCUUAGGAUAUUGA